AUGGCUUCCUUCGGGAACAUUAUCUUCUACAGCAUGAUCAUCCUCAUCGUCUUGUUCUCAGCCCUCAUCAUCCUCCUCUUAGCCUUGGCUUUCUCAGACGAGUCCUCUGAGGUGACGAGCACCAACACACUGCCCAUUGCCAACCUCGGCGAGGACAUCCUCCUCAGCUGCAACCUGAACAUCAAAAUUGAACUAGCCAAACUGAGACAGGUGUCGGUCACCUGGGAGAAGACAAACCUGAAAGGACUGGUUCAUCAUUAUCAGGAUGGAGCUGCAGAUUUUGUUGAUCAGAACUCGCAGUUCAAAGGGCGGACUCAGGUGUUCCCCGAGGCUUUGGGCUCUGGGAAUGCCUCCUUGCUGCUGCGGGACGUGAGGAGCAGCGACGAGGGGGAGUACACCUGCACGAUCAGCUCCUCUGAGGGCGGAGGGAUGGUCAACAUUAAGCUCAGAACGGCAGCCUUUACAGCCCCCAAGUUUAAGUUCUCAAAUGGCACCCUGGUGGCGGAGGCGAGCAGGUGGUUCCCAAAACCAAACGUGACGUGGUCAGACGAGGCUGGGAACAUCCUGAAUGGAAGCACGAGUCUCAAACAGAACUCUGCAGGGAUUUACAGAGUGGUCAGCACGCUGCAGCCGGUCAACGUCAGCGACACCUACACCUGCAGGAUUGAAAAUGAGCUGGUGACUUCCGUUUCUAAGGCAACAGUUACAGACACUGAAGUCUUUGGGAGGACGUACUUCACCUUCAGCGCUGCAUCGACCCUGCUGGCUUCCAUCUACCUGAGCACUCUGUCCAUCAUCCUCUACACCUGUUAUCUUACCUGA